UUUUAUUAAAAAUUAAACUUUAGAUUCAUGAGUUUUCAACCCUCAGCCCGUCUUAACAGAAAGCUUUUCUUUAAAAAAAAAAGAAUUAUUAGGCUCAACACGAGGCAAUACCACAAUGAAAGGAGUCCAAAAUUUUGGAGACCGCCCUUUGGCUUUACUCCAUCACUUAUAAGAAGGAUUCUAACUUUACACCUAAAGAUUUUGAAAAGGUGCUAGAUUCUUAGCCACACACAGAUAUAUCAUGUGGUGUUCAAUCAGCUUUUUAUUGCUCUAUAUAUAGGAGGAGAGAUCAUGUUCGGUUAGAGUGCAAUACAUCUUCGUGUUUUAUAUCAGCAGCAUGCCUAUAGAGCUGACGAUGACAGAAAACUUAAGUUCUGCUGCUAAAGGCAGCAGGCUUGAGUUUGCCUUCCAUGUUUUUCGUGGUCGAUGGCUUUCACUUUUUGCAUCUUUUACAAUCAUGGCUGGUGUAGGAGGCACCUACAUUUUUGGUAUUUACUCCAAGGAGAUUAAAGCUUCCUUAGGCUAUGAUCAGAGCACUCUCAAUCUGAUUGGAUUCUUCAAGGAUCUCGGCUCAAAUGUUGGGAUUUUCUCAGGCCUAAUCGCUGAGGUAACUCCAACUUGGUUCCUUCUGGUGAUUGGUUCGUCUCUGAAUUUUGUUGGUUACUUCGUGAUAUGGCUUGCUGUCACCGGCAAAAUAGCCAAGCCAAAAGUAUGGCAAAUGUGCACUUAUAUGUGCAUUGCAGCCAAUUCUCUCAACUUUGCCAACACUGGAGUUCUUGUCACCUGUGUUAAGAACUUCCCUGAGAAUCGUGGCGUGCUCUUGGGUCUCUUGAAGGGGUUUGCAGGACUAAGUGGAGCUAUCAUGACUCAGAUUUACUUGGCUCUAUAUGGCAAUGACCCUCAGUCUCUUAUCUUUCUUAUUGCAUGGCUUCCAGCUGCAAUAUCAAUGGCUUUCGUUUACACAAUUCGGAAUAUUAGCACUGGUAGACAGCCAAAUGAGGUCAGAGUUCUGUAUCAGUUCCUGUACGUAUCAAUUGUAUUAGCUUUGUUUCUGAUGGCCAUGACCAUAACUCAGAAACUGGUAACUUUCCCACCAGUUGCUUACGAUGCAAGUGCUACUAUAGUUUGUGGUCUACUCUUUUUCCCUCUGUUUAUCGUUUUCCGAGAAGAGCUAUUUCUCUGGAACCAAAAGAAAAUUCCCACUGCUGAUGUCAGGAUAGAGAUUCCAGAACAAUCUACAGCAAGAUCAGAAGAAAUACCAAGAACUUCUUGUUUUUCUGAGAUAUGCAAUAAGCCACCAAGAGGAGAAGAUUACACAAUCUUACAAGCACUACUAAGUGUAGACAUGCUGAUUUUGCUAAUCUCAACAGCUUGUGGAAUUGGAUCAAACUUGACUGCAAUAGACAACUUGGGUCAAAUUGGAGAGUCCCUCGGAUAUCCAAUGAAAAAUGUUAACUCAUUUGUAUCGCUAGUAAGCAUAUGGAACUACUUUGGAAGAAUAUUUGCUGGUCUGAUGUCCGAAAAGCUUCUAAUUAAAUACAAAUUUCCCAGGCCUCUUAUGACAACAAUCUUCCUCUUCUUGUCAUGUGUCGGACACCUCCUCAUAGCCUUUCCAGUCCCGGGCUCAGUGUACGUGGCAUCCGUGAUCAUUGGAUUUUCAUUUGGAGCACAGUUUCCAUUACUUAAUGCCAUAAUAUCUGAGCUAUUUGGCCUUAAGCACUAUGCUACAUUGUUCAAUGUUGGGCAGUUGGCAAGCCCUGUUGGUUCCUACUUACUAAACGUGAGGAUCACCGGAGUUUUGUAUGAUCACGAGGCCCUGAAAGAUCUUUCGAGGAAGAACCUGCACAGAUCAUCAAGUGGGGAACUGACGUGCAUUGGUGCUCAUUGUUAUAGACAAUCUUUUAUAAUUCUGGCAGCUGCAGCAUGCUUUGGAGCUUUUGCUUCUCUCAUUUUGGUGCUAAGAACUAGAGAGUUUUACAAGGGGGACAUAUACAAGAAGUUUAGACAAGAAACUGAAGCAAAUUGAGGAUCAACAAGCAGAUUUAUCUUUUUUAAGUUUUAACCAUUUCCUCCGCUAUUUGUUCUUCUCAGUCACAGAUAUGUGUAUGUGCAAUAUUAGUCAUCAUAUGUUAUCUCAAAGCUGUGAUAUUUUCUUAUAAAAUAUUAUAUGUUUGGGCACAAAGUACCAAAGUACGGACCCAUAAAUAUUAUUCGGGUUUGGUCUA